AUGGCCUCCAAACCCCCGGCCACUGAGAUCAAACCCGCAAUCAUUGAUGGCGAGGACAUAGAUGAAGGCCAAAUUGUCACGGCCGAAGAUGAUACUACCAAGCGCGGAGAUGACAAUGAGAAUAUUGAAUAUGACUAUGAAUCGAAUCGAUCGCCAUUUCCUGAGGUUAGGGCUGUUGUCCCCGAAACAGAUGACCCAGGGUUACCAGUGAACACACUUCGAAUGUGGCUACUGGGAAUGUUCUUCACGAUCCUCGGCUCUGGAAUCAACCAAUUCUUCUCACUGCGCUAUCCAAGCGUCCAUAUCGUCUCCCUAGUGGCAGAGCUACUAGCCUACCCAUGCGGCGUCUUCCUCGCAAAGACCCUCCCAACAACCCCAUUCAAACUGGGCCCAUUAGGGACAUUCACUCUAAACCCAGAUCGAUCAUUCAACAUCAAAGAGCACACAGUGAUCGUGAUAAUGAGCAACGUCUCCUUCGGCUACGGGAGCGCAGACGCAACAAACAUAAUCCAAGCCUCAAGCAAAUCAUUCUACAACUUCGGCCUGAAAGCCGGCUUCGACGUCCUGAUCGUCCUCUGCGCCCAACUCCUCGGUUUUGGAGUUGCCGGACUCGCAGCACCAUGGCUAGUAGAACCAGCAAGCAUAAUCUGGCCAGGCGUGCUGUCAAACUGCGCAAUGCUCGAAACCUUGCAUUCACGCGCAAACCAUAUAGCAGACGGAUGGCGAAUCUCCCGACUUCGCUUCUUUCUCUAUGUCACAGCGGCCGGCUUUAUCUGGUAUUUUUUUCCAGGAUUGAUCUUCACAGCCCUCAGCUACUUCACCUGGGUCUGCUGGAUCGCACCCAAGAAUGUAAUCGUCAACCAGCUCUUCGGCAUGCAAACCGGUCUGGGAUUGAGUCCGAUUACCUUUGACUGGAGCCAGAUCGCAUACAAUACAAACCCGCUCCUGUCACCAUCUUGGGCGGCUUUGAACGUCUUCUUCGGAUUCGCUUUCUUCUACUGGAUCGUCGUGCCGGCGCUUUACUAUACGAACGUCUGGUUCACGGCAUACCUCCCUCUGAUGACGAGUGAUGUAUACGACAAUACAGGUGCAGUUUACGAUACGGCGCGAGUUAUCGCAGCCGAUAAUAGUCUCAAUGUCGACGCGUAUCGACAAUAUUCACCCCCAUUCUUAGGCGCUACCUUUGCAUUCGUGUACGGGCUUUCCUUCGCAGCGAUUACGUCUGUCCUCACUCACAUUGCAUUUUGGCAUAAGAAAGAUCUCUGGGCUGCCCUGAAAGGCCGAAACAGACUAGAUAUUCACGCGCGUCUGGUUCGCGCCUCAUACAGGCAAACACCGUGGUAUUGGUACGCGGGCAUCAUAGUCGUUAUAACGGCCAUCGCCAUCGCCAUCGUUGAAGUCUACCAUACCAAUUUACCCGUCUACGGUGUCUUUCUUGCACUUGUCAUUCCAGUCGUGUAUAUGGUCCCCUGUGGCAUCGUUCAAGGCAUAACAAACGUCGACGCAAACCAGCUGAAUGUCCUAUCCGAGUUUAUCGGUGGAUACCUAUUCGAAGGCCGUCCACUCGCAAACAUGAUUUUCAAGAUCCUUUCCACAGACGUCGUUGGACAGGGUGUUUACUUCGCUAUGGAUAUGAAGCUGGCGCAUUACAUGAAAGUUCCGCCUCGGACUACCUUUGUCGCGCAGGGUGCUGCUACCAUUCUUGGUGCUCUUACUCAGACGGGGGUUACGCUUUGGUCGCUUUCUAAUAUAUCUGGGAUUUGUGAGUCGGACCAGUCGGAUGGCUUUUCGUGUCCGAAUGGUCGUACUGUUUAUUCAUCCUCUGUCAUUUGGGGUCUUGUUGGUCCGCGGAGGUUGUAUUCUGCCGGCAAGAUUUAUUCGUCUUUGUUACAUUUCUUUUGGAUUGGGGCUAUUACGCCGAUUGUAACUUGGGCGUUGUAUAAGUAUACGCGUCGUGAGUUCUUCAAGUGGAUUAAUUGGCCGUUGAUCUUUGUGGGGACUUGGAAUGUUCCUCCUGCCACCGGUAUCAACUAUUCCAGUUGGGCGCUCGUUAACUUCUUAUUCAAUCAUGUCUUCCGUCGGAGGUACUUUGCCUGGUGGACGAAGUAUAACUAUAUCUUGGCGGCCGCUCUUGACACGGGCCUUGCUCUGAGUGGUAUAGUCAUUUUCUUCUGCAUUUCAUACCCUGGUGCUACAUUCCCAUCUUGGUGGGGAAAUACGGUAUAUCUCAAUACUGCCGAUGGCGAGGGCGUGGCUUACAUGCCCAUGCCUGAGGUGGGAUACUUUGGACCUGCCAAUGGCACAUGGAGCUAA